CUCUAUUGUUACGUAAGAUAGACAUUGGUUGCUGCAAUUUUUUGGUCUGAGCUACCAUGUACGUUGCAGUGAUGGCCAUUGUCCAUCCGCAGGAUUCGAACCUGCGAACCCACGCAGAGUAAUUAGAGGUGCGGUGGCGAGCGUAUUCCUAACGCCUAGCCCGUUGAGCCAUACCGCCGCGCACCACCUCACUUUCUUUUUUCGUAAAGAAUGCAAUGUAAGGGGUUUUCCCUCUAUUUAGAAUGAACGCGUAUUCGGUUAUGACGACUCGUUGUGCAACCAAUUUCUCUAUUUAACUACUAACUAGUUACCUACCUAUGUAUGUAAUGGCCAUGGUACAACAAUGGCCCAAAACAAGUUUUAAUAGGAAUGAUAGCUCAAAUAUCAGGAUAGCCUAUAUCGUUCGUAGACGGCUGAUUUUUCUAAUCGUACGGUAAUAAUGCCCGCACCACUGUCAGACUGUACCGGUACUAGUGUACUACCGGUCUACCGGUACAUCUCGCCUCUCGGUAGGUACCGGUACCGUACCGUAGGUACCUAAUCGAGUUGUCCGCCUACCCUACCAACAGCAACAUGUCUUUGUGUUAUCAUAAUAUUGUUAAAUCGUUAAUGCAGUAGUGCAGCGGUUCCCAAACUAUGGGUCGCAAGAGGAAUCUCAGUGGGUCGUGAAAAGAUGUAGAAAGCUUUGAUCAAUUAUACCGGUACUGGUUAUUAGGAUCGGUGGCAAAGCAAAUUUAAAAGCAAAUUUCAAAAUAAACUGCAACUUUUCAAUUUUUUAUGUCUAAAACUAUCUGAAAUUGAAAUAAAUGUCAAGUCUAUUAUGGAAAAUAGCAAGAAACAAUCUCAUCUUUCUCACUAGCUUCACUGAAAAUUCAAUUUGAGAAAUUAAAUUUGUUUCCUCCAUUAAUGUUUUAUUAAUUUAUUAAAGUUAAAUGGGUCGCCAUAAGCUGUGGUAAAAAAUAGUGGGUCCCAACGCUAAAAAGUUUGGGAACCACUGCAGUAUUGUGUUGAAUGGACAAAAUAACAUAACUCUGAGCUGUGGCUAAGAGUUAUAAAUGAAAGUACCGGUAACGUACAUCCGUAGUUUGUUAUUCUGAGUGGUUUGAUCAUCACAACACUCUGACACUACAGCACUAGCUGUCAAAUUGACUUUGAAUUACGGGAUUGACAUCAUUCCUAAAGUUUUAAAGGCUGUUGUUGAUUUAGAAUGAUUGCCGGCGCGACCAUCCGCAAACUUUGGAGGGCGGUAUUACGUCACUGCGACUUUGCAGUGAUGUAAUUUUUGGACGACUUAGUCAGAAGGGGGUUAGGAAUGACAUAUGCAAAAAUUGCUGAGCCAGGCUAACUAGAAGUACGUGUGGCGUGUACUUCAAGAGACCCGAAACGAACCCUUAAUAAGACACUUUUUAUAAGUUUUUUUUUUAAUUUUUCAUGCAUUUAUUUUCCUGAAAGAUAUACUUUUUUACCAGUUGAAAGAAUUAAAUUUACUAUGGCUGACAUGUCAGAACUGUGGAUACUAACUAACUAAACUUUAGCCCAAGAAUUUCAUUCCAGAUACUGGUACCUAAUUUUCAGAAUUAAAGAUUGUAUGGGCAUAAUUGUUCGGCUGAGAACUUUGUGUACAGGAUUGAUAAAGUGUUUCUGCAGUGUUCACCUAUAUCAACAACUGUCACAAGGAAAAAGCAAAAUGGCUGGACGAUUUCGGAGUUAUGUUUGGGAUCCGAUGUUAAUUAUCUCACAGAUGAUCGCUCUGCAAUGCAUAUUUUAUUUAACUUUGGGACUUAUCACUGCAGGAUUUUUGGCAAUGGCUGGCUACUAUCCAUCAUUGAGAUAUAUUUUUGACUGGCAAUCGGUGCACUUUCGUUCAAGAGAAAAUCAAAUUGUAAUGGUCACUCAUAUAUUGAACUCAUUAUGUGGUGCAAUAACUCUGUGGUUUAUUAUUCAAAGGGCGAAACAAUGUUUAGACUUUACAUGCACACUUCAUUUGUAUCAUUUAAUUAUUUGUUGGGUUUAUACGAGUCAUUUUCCAGCAAGCCUCUCAUGGUGGCUCAUACAGAUAGUCUGUAUAGUUUUGAUGGUUGUUAUCGGUGAGUACCUUUGCUUCCGAUCAGCAAUGAAAGAUAUUCCAGUAAUGGGUUCAAGGACUGAAGUAUGAUACGAAAAAAAUAUUUCUAGAGGAGUAAAUAUUUGCACUAGAAUACACUGCACAACAUGAUGUUAUGCAUAAGCAAAAUGGGCUAUGUAUUUUAUGGCGAUUGACAACUUUUCAAUAUGAUAACCUGAACAGUGUUAUUAUUCAUAUCUUGUGAAUGCAAUGGCUUAAUAAUAUCACUUUCUUAGGUGAUUCCAGGGCGAUAUCUCUUUGUAUUUCAUUGAUAUUUCAGCCAAACUUUUUAGUUUUAAACAAUAGUGGGCUUUUUGUUCAAUUACUACUCAAAAGUUAUAUAUUUAAGAAGUUCCAAAGUAACAGAAAUAUCAGUAUUGUGCUUGUAAGGUCCAAAAUUUUACGUCUAUUCAGGAGUUUAAAAAUAGGGAUUGUUUUCGACUAGAAUUUGAUAUAAUUGCCACAAAAUAAAUCUUGUUAGGUAAUCAAUUUCAUCUAUUCUCUAACUAAUAUUUAAAGAGCUUAAAUAUUACAUGAUGGGUAUUUAAUUCAUAUACACAUCUGAUUUUGUUGACUUGUUCAAAUUGCUUUAUAUUGUAUUUUCAGGAAGAGCUCUGUAAUAUGCCAAGCCUAAUUAUAAAUGUAGGAGGGCAUUGGAUAUAACAGGCAUUUCAGUUCAUUUUUUAAUUCUUAGCAUAGGCAAAGUCAAACAAACACCAUUCAACUUUGGGUUCCUGUAUUUACUUUAUUAAACCAACAAUUGUUGCCUCAAUGCAAUAUGCUUGGAAUUUUACAACCACAAUUUAUAAUAUUGCUGCCUUCAUGCAUAACCCAUUGUUUUAGAUGUUGAUUUUCUAAUCUAUGUCUAAUAACUCAUAAUCAACAUUUGAUAUUCUUAAAUGAAAUAUUUUUCAUUAGGAUAGGCUUCAUAUAUUGUCAAUAUCAUUUUAGAUUUGUCUGGUUUAUUGAAUUUCAAUUAUCAAUUCGGAAUAUGGAUGAGCUAAAUAAAAAAAUCAUGCACUGCCUAUCAAGUCUUCUUUAUUCAUUAAAUGAGGUAUUUUCCAUUACCCUCUCAAUUAUGGGACAAUUUGAAUAUUUGCUUUUCAUCAUAACAAUCCAGUUUCUUACUCUAUGCUGAAAAUUAAUGGCUUUGUCUGAUAAGGAUCGAGUUGAACGAAGGGGAUUUUGAAUAUGAUCUGAUAUACAAUUGCUACAUUAUUGCAUGACAGUGUGUUCUUGUUAAUGUGUAACACUGCUGAUUAUUUACAAUUGUAUUAUUAGAUUGUGUGCCAAAAUGAGAACUUUUAUUCAGAUGUAAUACUCACAAAUUCUUUUUCAAAUCUCUGAGAGAAAUUGGUUUAAUAAAUGCGAUUUCAACUCAGAUAUUACCCCUAUGGUGACACAUGGCACCAUCAGUUUAGAAUUCUUACAAAUUCAUUCCGAUUUUGCUUUUAGAAUAUAUCAGAAUAUGUCUUUUUAGAAUUAUAGUAAUAGUUUCAGUGAAUGUUUCUAUGUUAGAUUGGUAGCGCAUAUAUAGACAUAGAUGUUUCACAAUCCUCCAAACUAAUAUUUUAGUUGACUCUUUGCCCAUUUUUUAGUCCUGCCCUUUGUGCUUGUUGUCAACUGUGACUUGAAACCUUUCUUUUUGGAUGAAUUUUUUUAUUUAUUUAUGAUAG